AUGCACCAUCUCAUUUCUCAGAAUACCGCUGAUUGGUUUGACGUUCGGAGAUGGACACGGGAAAACAAGGAUGAUGUCACAGUCAAGGAUUUUUUGCCAAAGCUCAAGAAUCACCUGCUUUCUACUCUUUUAGAGACUUGCGAUAAGGUGUUCUUGAGCAAGGAGUGCACUUUGGUCAAGAUUAUCAAUGACCAGUUUUAUCACCACAAGGUCCUCGACAUUCAAUAUACCUCGUACGAUAUGCGCCACUGCCAGAACUCCAUGAAUAUCCGCACACAUUCCAAUGUCAUGGUUCUUGCCGAUGACAAUCUUCACAAGGCUCAUCCAUAUUGGUAUGCUCGAGUCAUUGGCAUAUUUCACACUCGAGUUCAGUACAAUCUGCAAGUACAUGAGGUGCCAUUCUUAUGGGUUCGGUGGUUUGGUCUGGAUACACAGUUUAGAUUUGGGCAUGCCUGGAAGCGCCUUCCUCGAGUUGGUUUUUUAGAUGGGUAUGAUCCAACUGCCUUUGGUUUCCUCGACCCUUCCUAUGUUCUUUGA